AUGCGUCCAACUCUUUCUUUCUUAAUCGCUCUUCUCAUCGCCGUCCAAGUAAUAGCAGUCAGUGCUCGGUCCCUCUCCCCGGUGCUCAUCGCACGGAGGCAGGGCGACCGCGGGGGCUCGCACGACGGCCUCGAUGAGAACGGUAGCAUCGUCAACGACGGCACCGACGAUAACGGCUCUGCAAUGCACGGCGCUGACGACAAUGUCACGGAGUCCAUCUCCAACGUAACUACCCAAUGCCAAACCUCAUGCUCGGAUAUCAUGACUUCAAUGACCUCUUGUGGAGCAACGAACUCCGCUUGCCUCUGCACCGACACCAUCUUCUCCCAGCUCCAGACCUGCGUCGAGUGCGAGACCACCGCCGGCCCUCGCAACGCGACCGAGUCCCAAGACACCCUCCACGACUUCUCCGAGAAUUGCGCAAAGAGCGGCGCGGCGGUUUCCCUCGGCUCGUCCGCCACGCUCGCUCCCACUGGCCCCGCGACGUCGGAGUCGCACAGGGGCUCGGACGACCUCCCGGCCCCGACCGCUGGCCCUUCCUCUUCCUCGUCUUCGCCUUCGUCCGGCGGUGUCCUGUCGCUUGGCGACACGGCCGCGUCCGGCUCUGGGCGUGCUGCCGGUGGGUAUACGCGGCGUUACGAGGAUGUGGAGGACGUCAAUGGACAUGAAGCAAGGCUGGACCCUUUGCCGUCAUGUGGUUGUAGCGCUGUGUACAGAAUUGAAAACAUGAUAGGCGAGAAGCCCACGAAGGCGAGGUGGGAAGAGCGAGAGGUCGUUGUCAGGAGGUGCAGGGCCGAGGGUGACUGGGGUCCUACCAGGCCCGCGCUCGUGUGCAAUGCCCCGCUUUUCUGUCCUACACGCGAAGAAAUCCGUCGACGCAUUGGCGAGAUCGAGGCCGGGGUCGUCGAGAAGCUGGGUGCGAGUGGGCUGACAACCGCUCUGGAGGAGGAAAGGCGGAGACUCUACAUGGACUGGAACAGUACGCUCUCCAUCAACCGCCUCCCGACCGAGAUCCUCCUCCGCUUGUUCGUCGCCUGCUUCCAGCCCGCGCGCCCCGUGUCCGAACUGCCCAAACGGACGCACAGACGGCGCAAGGUGCUCCUCCUUGUCUGCCGGAGGUGGCGCGACCUCAUCGAGGCCACGCCCACGCUCUGGUCGUUCAUCACCCCUCACAUGCCCCCACGGCUCUACACGCUCGUACUCUCGCGUGCGGGAGAGGCGAACGUGGAUAUCUCAUUCGACCGUGAACCGAAGUCUCCGGCAUACAUGGACAUCUCUCUUUCCCCCGACCUCGUACCCCUCUCUCUUCCCCAAGAUGAUAUCCAACAACUCAAUGACACCGAAGACUCGGAAGAUGACGAAAACGAGGGCGAGGGCGAGGGCGAGGGCGAGGGCGAGGGCGAGGGCGAUGAAGACUCACCUGGCAACCUUUCCUCGGAGCCACCGUGGAUUGUCGAGGAUGGAGACUUCACCUUCUGGUCGGAAGCCGCGGGAAUGGCUAUCGCCGCUGAGUCGUACAGGACGUGCACUCUUCUUCUGCCAGAUGACGAGAACGACCGCUCCUACUCCCUAUCAUUUCUCAAAAUACUUUUCCACGACAGAGCAUGGCUCACUCUCGAAGAUCUGUUUGUCGAUUUCGACGUAGUUGAGUCCCCUGGCCCGGUCGCCAGAAUUCUCUGUCUCACCCGGGCACGCUUCCCAAGACUCCAAUAUCUCAAGCUAAAAGGCAUGGUCCUGCCCAUCGAGCCGACACUCUUUCCUCUCUUCAGGUCGCUCCACCUCAGCGGUCCUACGAUGCAGUGGCCACCUCUCGAGGACCUCCUCAUCUGUCUUUCUUCGGCUCGUUAUCUCGAAACAUUGUCCUUAGAAAAACAUGGGUGGGCCCGGGAGGUGUCGCAAGUACCCCACUAUCCACCACCCACGUCCCCAGUCCAUUUUCCCUUGGAGCUACCCUGUUUGCGCUCCCUGUCCCUACAAUCCCACAAGAACGACGACAUUAUGUUGCUCCUUCGUGCCUUUCCUCUCAUCAGGCCCAGCCCUCUUGACUUCCUCUACAUCUCGAACGAAGACUGGCGUCAAGUUGCCCCCGAUCCCACAUCUGGCCGCAGUCUGAGCAUCCUUGACGCCUUCUUCCCGACCCGCGCGCCGGACGAAAUGCCGAUACCGAUCCCCCCUUCCCUACGAAAGCUACACAUCUUGGUCGCCGAGUUCACGGGUUUUUCCGCAAACGACCGUGACAGUGGAACGCUCGGGGGGACCAGGCUGUUUACUUGGAACGCCUUCCCAUUGCAACCUGACGAUGACGACAUGUACGGUCCAUCCAACGCCAUCGACGACGUCCUCACGCUUUUCCGGCACACCCCCCUCACCCAACUCAACUUCAUCACCUUGAGGUCGGUGCAUGCCGCGGACGGCCGGUGGGACGAGGUUCUUAGCACAUUCCCUACGCUCGAAUACCUUUACCUCUGUGGAGAGGGUACUCCCAUCGCCCUCCUGCACGCGCUCACCCCUUCCUCCGAUGGCUCCACCGCGCCGUGCCCGGCCCUGGAGAGCUUGCAGUACGAUAUGACAUCAGGGAGCACGGAGGACGCGAAGGCAACCUUGGAGGCGACGAUCCACUGCCUCCGCGCACGGGCGGCCUGCGGGAUGCGCCCCCUAGGUUCGCUCGACAUCUGCACCAACGUGAGGGUGUUGGGGGAGCGCAGUCGUGAGGUGGAUGCCAGGUCGUUUCUCGCACAGAUGCACGAGAUGGUGGCGGGGGAAGUCAAGUUCGAGUAUGAGUCCGUCCCAGUGACAUGA